CCUCGAGAGGCGCGCGCGGCCACGUGUUGCUAAAGCGCUGAUUCAGUUUAAAAGCGCGCCGCUGCAUUGAGGAGGCUGAGCGCGCGCACGCGAGCGGGUGGAAAACGGCGGCGGUGCCGGCGGAUAGGCAGAGAGAAAGGAGGAGAGCGAGGGCUUCAUCUCAUGUGUUAGGAUUGUUGUUCCCCUCUCCCAUCACCACCUCCCUGUUUAAUUCUUCUCUUACUCCCCUCUUUUUUCAUCGUAAGCCGAGGACAGGCAGCGAUUUUAUUUUCCGGCCAGUAUUCAGAACGAAUAAGAUGUCCAGUGAGCCUCAGAGGGCUGAUGACAGCCCCAGUACCAGUAGUGGCAGCUCAGAUGCGGAUCAACGUGAAAGUACUCCGCAAGAACAACCCCAGCCCAAGAAGAAGGAUGCUAAGAUAUCCAGUAAAACUGCUGCUAAACUUUCAACUAGUGCUAAAAGAAUUCAGAAAGAACUUGCAGAAAUUACACUGGAUCCUCCUCCAAACUGCAGUGCUGGGCCCAAAGGAGACAAUGUUUAUGAAUGGAGGUCAACUAUCCUGGGACCCCCAGGUUCAGUGUACGAGGGUGGUGUCUUCUUCUUAGAUAUCACAUUUUCACCUGACUACCCCUUCAAGCCACCCAAGGUGACUUUCCGAACAAGGAUCUAUCAUUGCAAUAUCAACAGUCAAGGAGUGAUCUGUCUGGAUAUCCUGAAGGAUAACUGGAGCCCAGCACUGACCAUCUCUAAGGUUCUUCUGUCAAUUUGUUCUCUUCUUACAGAUUGCAACCCUGCUGAUCCUUUAGUUGGAAGCAUAGCUACUCAGUAUCUUACCAACAGGGCGGAACAUGACAGAAUAGCCAGACAGUGGACCAAGAGAUAUGCUACAUAACAACUUGCUACAGUAAAUCCUGACCCCUGGGAAAGCACAUUCACCAAGUGCAACAACACCCAUCCUCUAUUCCUAGCUUUAUAUCCUCUUUUUAAAGGAACCUUUGUGUAAAAAUGUCCUUUUGUUCCCUGAUGACUUGAAACGAUUUGAGACUUUGUUGUUUUUACAAUAGGUAAGUUUUAAUCUCUACUAAGCAAAGAAUGUUCAACUUAUACAAGUAGAGGGCUUUAUUGUUACAUAGCAUUGUAUAAGUGUGUCUCCUUUCAUGUGGUCCUUGAACCAUAACAGAUUAUAUAUAAUUUCUUCAUAUAGAUAGUGCUUAGAACAGAGUUUUUUGUACUAAAGUAAAUCAUGUCAGACGCAUGCUACCAGUUUAAAGCUUUGUAAUAAGCUUAAAUUAAAAUCACUGUCAUUACAAUGACUUUCCUUAUCACCAGCCUGGAGUUUUUUUCCCCAAAUAAGCUGUUGAAAUAGAAACAAAUCUGUGUACUUUACAAAAUAUCUACUUUUAAAUGCUUGUGAAUUUUGAGGUACCUGCAACUUCUGACUGUGGAACAGUUUUAUGUACACUUGUAUUAUUG